UGUUCUUCUGUAAUGCUAUAAUGCUUGCUGCAGGCAUURGUUCGGCACUUGUGGACUGCGUGUCAUUCUUUGCUUUUCUCCGGUUUAUGGUUGGUUUCGGUCUAGUUGGCUGCAUGCUGUCACUCUACAUUUAUGGGAUGGAGUUGGUAGGACCACAACACCGAACAGCAGCCGGGAACGUGCAACACGGUUAUUUCAAUGUUGCUGGAAUGCUGGUGACUCUUCUCUCUUACCUUAAUCCAUCAUGGAGAAUAUUUCUUAUUAUUACUACAGCCCCAGCARYACUUCUUYUGUUUUUCUGGARCCACCUAACAACCUGUCCACCCGCAUGGUUGGCAGUCUGUCCUCGCUACUCUAUACUAACUAUCCAUUUUAGUAAUCCAGCCUUCUUCACCUAUGUACGAAUGGAUGUCAUUCACUAUUUCAGAUGGAUACCAGAAUCGCCACGAUGGCUGGCGGCUCACGAUCGAGUCGAUGAAGCUGUAGUUGCAAUUCAAAAGUAUGGAGCCAAAGAUGGUGGCCCUGUCGAUGUAGAGAAWUUGAAAAGAUUUCUUCAAGAAGYUAGCUCCCAACAGUCAAAAUCACACGCAGGGGAAAAGAAGUACACACCGAUUGAUCUUAUGCGCACUCCUAAGAUAAGGAAAUGGUCAUUAAUCSUUGGUUAUCAGUGGUAAGAUAACUUGUGAUAACACAUGUCAUGGCUUCUCGACAGCCAUU